CCUAAACCGAAGCCAAGGUGAAACCCGCACUUGGUUUAGAUAGAAUUGGAAGGAAUUGAGAGGAUCGGUUGGGAAGUUGCCGGGGGUUGCUGGUGGGUAUGCUGGAGAUGGGAGCGCUGCUGGAGCGGUGGCGCAUGGAUGAGGCUGCGGUACGACGACGGAUGUACCGAGCGCCGACGCCUCGGGAGCGGGAACGGUGGCACGCGGUGUGGUUGCUGGCGCGAGGCUGGACGGCCGCGGCCGCGGCCGCGGCGUUGGAACGGGACGCCCACACUAUUGGCCAAUGGGCCACGGCAUUCCGGGAGGGUGGUCCUGAGGCGCUGGCUUUUGAGCAGUCAGGAGGUUCCCCCCCGCAUUGAACCGGGAGCGGCAGGCCGAGUUGAAGGCGGCGGUGCAGGAAUUGCCGUCGCAAGCUGGCAUCGAUUUGUCCAACUGGAACUGGAAGGCGGUGCGCCGGUUGGUAGAGGAACGCUUCGGGUUGACGCUGAGCCGGAGUGGUUGCCUGAAUUACCUGCACCGGUUGGGCUUUGUCCUGAAGCGUCCCAAGAAGCGGUUGGUCAAGGCAGACCCGGUACGGCGGGAAGGCUUUGUGAGGGAGUACAUUGCCUUGACAGCGGCGGCCCGACGAACUGGGGCCAAGAUAUUCUUCGCUGACGAGGCUCACUUUCGGGCGGAUGCGGAUCUGCGGGCCAAAUGGGUGCUGAAGGGUGAACCGGCGCUGGUGGACUCCACCAGCCCGCGACGUGGGGAGAAGGCGAGCUACUACUCGGCGGUGUGUCUGGAAACCGGAGAGGUGGAGUUGAUGGAACUGGAAGGUAACAGCAACUCCACCACCUCGGUUGCCUUCCUGUCGGUUGCCUUCCUGCGUCAACUGCGGGCGCAACACACCGAACCGUUGACGGUGAUUUGGGACAAUUCCCCAGCUCAUAGGGGCGACGCGCUGCGAGCCUACCUGGCCAACCCCAACUUGAACCUGCGCUUGGUGAACCUGCCCACCUAUAGCCCAGAUUUCAACGCCGACGAGGCUAUUUGGGGCUGGGUACGUCAAGAGGUGACCGCCAACCUGUGCCUGGGGACCCGUGCCGCAGUCCAGGAGAAGGUGGGCGACUUUUUCGCCAGCCUGUCCAGCCGAUGCGACGAAGUCAAGCGCCGAUGCCAGACCGUGCUUCAGGCUCGAGCAGCAGAACUGACUGCCA